GAAAAAUUUAAGCGUUGGGCAAGGGCCCUGCAGAUAGAUAUCCAAAAGAGGAGAGUAGAAAAAAGAGCGGAAGAUGAUGUAGAGAGAAAAGAGCCAGAGGACAUAGUAGAAUUUCAGAAGUCUAACAUCUAUACUGAAGCAGUUGAAAUGUUUAAGGAUAUGGAGGAGGAUUAGGGUCAAGGGGACUUACAGGAAGAGAACUUUUUGUUAGUGAGGAAUUUCCUCAUGUUGAAUCUCUUGAUAAAUAAUGGGCAAAGGGUGGAUGCCUUAGUUAACCUUAAAAUCAGGCACAUCAAGAAUGCUGAGGAAAAAGACAAUAGCCAUGUGGCAGUUAUUGCACAUCACAAGACUGGCCAUAUAGCACCCAUUACCCUCGUUUUUUCCGAGGAUCUCUUGACGUUCAUGGAAAUCUACUUGUCCAAGAUCAGACCGAGGUUGUCCGGCUUCAACAGUGAGCUCGAGGAGAAGUCGGUGGUUUUUCUGACGUACCCACCAAAGACAGCCAGCCCCUCUGCUUUGAACCCAUCCUCAGUGAAUAAAGCCAUCAAAUCAACUUGGAAGCCCGCAGAGCAAACAAAGAACAUUUCGGCAACUCAGCUGAGGAAGGCCACCGCUACAUCAGUUAAAUCUAAGUUCACACUUGCCCGUGACGUUUUGGCCUAA